AUGUUCUUUAAUCCAGUAAGAACAAUCAAGUUUUCUUUGGUGUUGUCGUUAUUAACAACACGAAACUCAAUUUUUCCCUCUUUUUCUUCUAUGACCGACGGCCGCUCCUUGUACGAGUACGUACGGCCGUCAAAAUCUAUGGUGGUGAUCCGUUUUCGUUCGUUUUCCUCUUCGUCUUCAGAUUCGUUUUCUGCGUCGUCGUCGUUUUCGUUUUCAUUUUCGUGUUCAUUUUGGUUUUCAUUUUCAUUUUCGUCGCCCCCAGACUCGUCCACGUCCCUUCCCGGAGUCGACUCGUCGGGAUCUUCAACCUUGACCUUCUUGGUCACCUCGCGGUCAGCGUCGUGCUUGCGCUUUCGAUCCACCAUGAUGAAGUUGACUUUGAGUUUUGUGGUGCUGCAGAUAAAAGCGCGAACAUCCUGCACACAAUCCAUACUGUACUCAUCUCUUUUUCAGCUCAUCGCAUCAUUAAUCAUCAUGUCCAACUAUACCCACCUCCAAAACACACCUGCCCAGGUCGCCACGGUGCUCUGCUGCAACUGUGGUGUCCCCAUGGACGGCCUGAGCGGCUUGGUCAUGUGCCACGACUGUAUCAAGCUCACGGUGGACAUAACUGAGGGCAUUCCAAGAGAGGCAAAUUUGUCAUUUUGUCGUAAUUGUGAGCGUUUUCUCCAGCCUCCCACCCAAUGGAUCCGUUGUGCGCUCGAGUCUCGAGAGUUGUUGGCGUUGUGUUUGCGGAAAUUGAAAGGAUUGAAUAAAGUACGUUUGGUGGAUGCCUCGUUCAUUUGGACAGAACCUCACUCGCGAAGGAUUCGGGUCAAGUUGACGGUCCAGGGUGAAGCCAUGGCUAAUACAAUCAUCCAGCAGACGUUUGAAGUGGAAUAUGUCGUGGUGGCGAUGCAGUGUGCUGACUGUGCCAAGUCUUAUACUACCAAUACUUGGCGCGCAACCGUGCAGAUCAGACAAAAGGUGGCUCACAAGAGAACAUUUUUGUACUUGGAACAGUUGAUUUUGAAGCACAAUGCUCAUGUGGAUACCGUGAACAUUCAGGAAACAAAAGAUGGGCUUGAUUUUUUCUAUGCUCAAAAAUCUCAUGCUGCAAAAAUGGUGGAGUUUCUCACCGCAGUGGCUCCCGUAAAGAAUAAGCGUUCGGAAGAAUUGGUCAGUCAGGAUAUCCAUUCGGGCUCAUCCCAGUACAAGUUUACCUUCUCCAUCGAAUUGGCUCCCAUAUGUAGAGACGAUUUGGUGGUGCUUCCCAAAAAACUUGCCCACUCUCUCGGCAACAUCACCCGAUUAGUCUUGUGUUCCAAAGUGUCCAGCAUGCUCCACUUCAUCGACCCCAGCACCCUCCAGACCGCCGAUUUGAACGCACCUCAAUACUGGCGUAGUCCAUUUCCUACGUUACUCGACGCUACUCAAAUGGUGGAAUUCAUCGUUCUUGACGUAGAACCAACCGGAGAUAUUCGCGGGAAAAACGUCUUGGCAGAUGUCACCGUCAGCCGUGCAAGCGACUUGGGCACCAACGACCAAACAUACUACAUCAGAUCACAUCUCGGAGCCAUUUUGCACCCGGGUGAUUCAUGCAUGGGAUACUUUUUGACCAACACAAACCUCAAUUCCGACCUUUGGGAUACCCUAGACACCGACAAUACUCCAGAAGUGGUGUUGGUGAAGAAACACUACGAAAGAAAGUCAAAGAAAUCGAAAUACAGAAACUGGAAGUUGAAGAGAAUGGCCAAGGAAUACAAUGAAAUGGACGAUGCUACCAGACAAGCACGCCAGGAACAAGAAAAGGCAGAAAGAGACUACGAGUUGUUCUUGCAAGAAUUGGAAGAGGAUGAAGAAUUGAGACAAACGGUUAAUAUGUAUAAGGCACCUACCCAGGCCCAAUUUGAAAGUGAUAUGGAUGAUGACGACGAGGCGCCAGAAGUUGGUUUGGACGAGUUGCUUGAUGAAAUGGACGAGAUGACAAUUAGCUAA